AUGGCCACUCCACGCCCCGCCCCGCCGCCGUCCAGAGCGCCCCGGGCUCCUCAGCCAGACCGCGAGCCCAACGACUUCAUCGGAGAGUUCGAGCGAGGCAAAGAGAUUGGGAGGGGCAGCUUCGCGAACGUAUACAUGGCAAAGCACCGCAAGAAGAAGUCAUACGCUGCUGUCAAGGUCGUCAUCAUGGCCAGGGUGAACAGCCGGCUGAAGGUGAAUUUGGACUCGGAGAUCGCCAUCCUUCGCGCCAUGGACCACCCGCACGUCGUCGCUCUGUUCGCCACACAAAAGACGCCCAUGUACUACUACAUCGUCAUGGAGUACUGCCAGCUUGCCGACCUCUCCCAAUUCACCAAGAAACGGCAUCAGAUCGCCAACUACCCCGAGACCGCGGACAUCUUCAAGAGAUAUCCCAACCCCGAAUAUGGCGGCCUCCACGAGGUACUCUGCCGCCACUUCUUCAAGCAGCUCGCUAGCGCCCUGGAGUACCUCCGCCUCUGCCAGUUCGUCCACCGCGACAUCAAGCCGCAGAAUCUGCUGUUGACCCCGGCUCCCAUGGAUCUGCGCAGACGCACCGCUGAGGAUCUACCGUUGACCGCUAGCAAGGAUGCUCUGGAUCCAACGGUCGGAGUGCAGAGUCUCCCAAUGCUCAAGCUUGCCGACUUCGGCUUUGCUCGUGAACUGUCCAGCGAGCAGAUGGCAGAAACGCUCUGUGGCUCACCCCUGUAUAUGGCCCCUGAAAUACUGCGCUAUGAGAAGUACGACAACAGGUCAGAUCUAUGGUCAGCCGGAGUGGUUCUGUACGAAAUGCUUGCGGGCAGGGCUCCCUUCCGCGCAGCGAACCACGUCGAACUGCUCAAGAAGAUCGAGAAGGCGAACGAUGAAAUUCCAUUUGAUCAGAGACUCAGCGUUGGGAGGGAUAUGAAGGGACUGCUCCGGGGUUUGCUGAAGAAGAAGCCGCUGGAUCGCUACAGCUACGCAGACAUGAUUGAGGACCCUGUGGUGGCCGGAGACAUCCCUGGAUUGACGCCCGAAGACAAGCCGCUUCUUAGGUACCGAAGCGGACCACCAUCGGACCCCACUGGUGUCGGUAAGAUGAUCGUCGAAGAGGACGCCAACCCCACCGAAGCCCCGGAGCAGGUUGUCCAGCCACGUGAGGCGCAGGAAGGUGCUGCGGGGCCAUCUUCUAGGAAGUCUUCUGAUCAAGAAUCAAAGCAACGGCCGGAGGCUGCCACUCGACGCCAGUCAAGCAGCGGUCAAAGCAAGGAAGCUCUACCCGCCGACAUGCAGAGACGCCAGAGCCAGCGUGAGCAGCCAAAGCAGCGUAGACCGAGCAUUGUCUCUCACGCCACCGCGCCAGCUCGUCAGGAUCUGCUUGCUGGUGCCAAUACUUCGCAAGCACCUGCGCCACGGAUGGAACGUAGACCCAGCCGGACUUCUCCGCUCGCUGGGCCGCCUAUGGUACGCGAGCCUUCCGCGGUGGAUACGGAUAAGGUGGCGGAAAGGCGGGCUGCGCGGGACGCUCGAGAGCGCACUGCUCAGGACAUGGCAUUCGAGAAGGAAUAUGUCAUGGUGGAGAAGCGCGCAGUCGAGAUCAAUGCGUUCGCAGACGAGCUCGAGGCAAAGCGAGGAUCUGCGGGUGCAGCCAUGGUCAGGCGCGCGACAACACAAGGACAGCCAGCUCCGCUCGCGGGAGUUGAGCCGCCCAGCACUUCUCGUGCGAUGCAGGUGGUUUCGACACGCCCACAAGGAGCUCACCAGCGCGGCGCUUCCUUCGAGCGACGAUUCGGACCCGGCGCACAAUCUGCAACAAACAUGCUCUCAAAGGCCUUGAAUGCGGCCAAUGUACGCCUCUUCGGCGCGCUGGGCACUUCACCACCUUUUGGAAUGGGCGCAUCACCAUCCUCUGGCUACUCUGCUUUCCCUACGUAUCCUACUCCACAGGGCGCGCUGUUGUUGACGGAGGGCGGCGAUGGCAAAACUCCAACGGACGAGGACACUAAGAUUGUCCGCACGAUGGAGGACGCAGCUCACCGCAGUGAUGUCAUCUUCGGCUUCGCAGAGGUCAAAUACAGGCAACUGGUCCCGGCAACACCGUCGACAGCGUCUGAUGCUCUGGGUAUUCAGCAGAUCGGUGCUCAGGAGAAGCCUAUGACCGCUUCUGGUGAGGACGAAGACAAGGACAUGACGAACAUUGCGGUUGUUGGUGUCGCCGAGGAAGCGUUGGUCUUGUACGUGAAGACACUCGCCAUCCUUGGGAAGACUACCAGCCUGGCAGCCUACUGGUGGAACAAGCAGGGCAAUCGUACGGAGCAGGUUGCGUCAGAGCAGCCAGCACGACCAACGUCUGGAUCCAGUGCGGAGGUCGGCAAGCGCAUGAACAACGUGGUGCAAUGGGCAAGAGGACGCUUCAACGAGUGCCUGGAGAAGUCGGAGGUGGUUGCUCGCAGACUGCAGACAGCGCAGAGGGAGCUCCCGGCGGACCAUCCUUACCACCCCAACAAUCAAUCUGCAGCCUCUGAUAGCGCCAGCGGCGGCAUCACGACGUCCGCCCAGCACAUCCGCAUCACCAGCGGCGUCACUGCCGAGAAGCUAAUGUUCGAUCGUGCGGUGGAGAUGAGCCGCGCUGCUGCUCUUGCGGAGCUGGUGGGAGAGAACCUCAGCGAUUGUGAGCUCGGCUACGUUACGGCGAUCAUGUUGAUGGAGGCGGUGCUGGAGAACGACGACGAGCCGCUCAUGCGCAAGCCGAGCGCGAAGAAGGACAAGGCUGCUGAUGAGGCGAUCACUGGCGUGGAGGAUGAGAACCGCCAGAAUGUGAUCAGGCUUAUUGACGGAGCGAGAAAUCGCCUCUCUGGUCUGCGCAAGAAGAUGCACGCUGCUCAGCAGUCUGCAAAGCGAUCCUCGCACUCUGGCAGUGGUGGUGCGACUCCGAAGCCAGCGGCCAACACCUCCUCGGCCGCUACACCAGCACUCGCUGGCACUCCGCCUAGAUGA